UGGAUUUCCCCCUCAGAUUCCACCCUGAAAAUGUACAGGAGUUUCUGUCUAUCAGGAAGAAAAAAAGUGAAGGAUGGAAAUGUGAGAUUUGCAAUAAAUCUUUCACACGAAGACCUCACUUGGAAGAACAUAGGAUUCUUCAUACUCAGAAUAAGCCUUUCAAAUGUACCUAUUGUGAAGAGCACUUUAAAUCCCGCUUUACAAGAUUGAAGCAUCAAGAAAAGUUCCACUUAGGACCUUUUCCAUGUGAUAUUUGUGGUCGUCAGUUUAAUGACACUGGAAAUCUGAAGCGCCAUAUUGAAUGUACUCAUGGAGGAAAGAGAAAAUGGACUUGCUUUAUUUGUGGAAAAUCAGUUAGAGAAAGAACAACAUUGAAAGAGCAUUUGAGAAUUCAUAGUGGAGAGAAGCCACACCUAUGUAGCAUUUGUGGGCAGAGUUUUCGUCAUGGAAGCUCCUACAGGCUUCAUCUGCGAGUCCACCAUGAUGAUAAGAGAUAUGAAUGUGAAGAAUGUGGAAAAACAUUUAUUCGCCAUGACCAUCUCACAAAACACAAAAAGAUACAUUCAGGAGAGAAGGCCCAUCAGUGUGAGGAAUGUGGAAAAUGCUUUGGCCGAAGAGAUCACCUCACUGUACAUUAUAAAAGUGUUCAUCUAGGAGAAAAAGUGUGGCAAAAGUACAAAGCAACAUUUCAUCAAUGUGAAGUCUGCAAGAAAGUUUUUAAGGGGAAAUCAAGUUUGGAAAUGCAUUUUAGGACACAUUCAGGUGAGAAACCGUACAGAUGCCAAAUUUGUAACCAGUCCUUCAGGAUUAAGAAGACAUUAACUAAACACAUGGUUAUUCAUUCAGAUGCUCGCCCUUUCAACUGUCAGUACUGCAAUGCAACAUUUAAACGAAAGGAUAAACUAAAAUACCAUACUGAUCAUGUACACGGAGGAAAAUCUGUAGAAGAAUUGCAAAACCCACUGUCAGAUGAAAAAAAUAUGUCAUUGCCAGCUCAGUACGCACCAGAUGAUAAGGCUUUUCAAGGUGAUUCUAAACCAUUUGUGGAUCAGACCACAACUUAUCAAGUGGACACCAAGACAAUGCUACAGAAUGUACCAUCAGAUACAUGUGUGCCAGUGACACUGAUAUCUGUUCGAAUGCGUGAAACUCAGUCUGAUCUUGUACAACAGCCUCCUGUUACAUCUUCAUCUCACUCAAUUCUUCCUUCACAGCCCCCUCCAACAGACUACCAGCAAACGACAGAUUUGGAAUUUCUUGAAAAAUAUACUCUUACUCCACAGCCAGCAAAUAUAGUUCAUCCAGUCAAACCUGAACAAAUAUUGGAUCCUAGAGAACAAACUUAUCUUGGGACAUUACUGGGUCUUGAUACAGCUCCUGUACAGAACAUUUCAAAUAAUGAACAUUAAUGAUCAUGUCUAUGGAGUGUGAUAUUUCAAUAGUCUUAAUACUUCUUUUCAAACAGUGAGCUGUGAGGCAUCUUAAAGGCUAACAUUAUUGUAUGAGCUGCUGACCAUUUCAUCAAAUGAAUGGAGUAUUAUAUUGAAACAGGAAUAUAUAUACUAUAUAUAUAUAUAGUCAGAAUUAUGGGGGCAGAAUAUGCAAUAGAAAACUCAGAGGGAAAUGAAAUACAGAGAAUAUAGAUUGUGACAAGUGUCUUCUUGUCACUGAUCCUAGCAUUCUUCUGUAUGACAGAAGACAAAAAUUACUAGAUACGUGAAAGUAAUCAUAUUAGCUGUAUUUAGUUAGCUAAUUUAGAUUUAAAAAUCAUUUAAAUAAAAUUUAGCUCAAUUUUUGUUUAAUCAUUAAAUAGAGACCAGGUUCCAUUAUCACACUCUUAAAGCAGCUACAUCUUUAUUCAGACUUGCUCAGGAGCCUGAAAAAAGAACAGCUGCUUUAAUGAACAGUAGAAAGGUACAGGUAAUCUUUGGGUUAAGAACCCAUAGAUUACAGACAACCCAUAGUUAAGAAUGGAGCCUACUGUAGCAAAAUUUGAGUUAAAUACACAAUCGUUCAAGUUAAU